CUUGUGGGAACUGCAAGAAGAAGGGAGGCGAUGCUCUGUUGACUGAUGUCGCGGGCUGGUUCCGAGGGGGCGUGUCCUGAGGUUUCUCCGAACGGGAGACCCAGGCUUUGCAGAACCGCUGUCACCCGCAUAGGUUGCUCUGGCCAGUGUAAAUGCAGGGCUCGCUGACCAGUGCACUGUGGAGCCGAGGCUGCCCCACGCCAGGGCACUGCUGCUUUUCCUUAUCGGACGUCGGUGGUCAGGGAUGGGGACAGCCGCGCUGGGACCUAGCAGCUUGCCGAGAGCCCUGACGAACCUUGGCCUCACAGUCGUGUCAGUGUCGCAGCGGAGACCGCGGCGCGCAGAUGCGCGGCGAGAGGGCCAGGCUCCCGUGCUGUUCGGGCAGAUUCUAAUAGGGGACCCCAUUACCACAUGUCUUUCUCCCUUCGUAUAUGACAUGAUUUGUACACUUGGGUUUGAAUGCAAAGAAACUUGUAAUAUCAGUAACAUUGUGGCUCAAAAUGGUGAAGUCUGUUGGAAAACAAUCACUAACUGUGUGAGCUAUGCAGAUUCAGACCAGAAUAUCAAUUACUGGGAAAGCGUGAAGCGGCUGGGCCCGGUGUGUGAUGCCAUCCAUCUGCAUUUCUUAUCCCUCACCAAGGGGCAGUUUGAAACUCAGUAUGCGUCAUGGUUCCGGUGGACAAGUUUUCCAGAGCUAUUUCCUGAAGUAUUUGAUGCCUUGGGAAGCCUGCCGUCUACUGCCGUUUCUCUGAGCUUGAUGAAGCUGACCUCAUGUCUAGAGAGAGCUUUGGGUGAUGCAUUCUUGAUGAUUGGGAAAGAAUGCCCCUUUCUUUUAAGAGAUCUACUUGCAUCAGAGGAGCUUGCUCGUGUCUUUGGGCAGCCUGUGAUGGAUGUGCUCAGAGUCUUCAUCGGCUCCCCCCGUGGGCUCAACCUGCGCAAUGUCCUGUGGCACGGGUUUGCAUCGCCCCAAGAGAUUCCUCCAAAGUACUGUUCAGCGAUGCUGUUGUUGACAGCAGGAUUGGGUCAGUUACUUGAGAGUUACUGUCAGCAAACUAAAGUCAUACUGGCUCAUCGAUCUUUUGUAACUCUUACAAACUUAGAAGAUUUAAUUGUUUUUCCUGAUGUUACAUGUAAGAUACUUUCAGAAUUAGAAGAAGUGAUGAAGAAAUCUACCUUUAUAUUAAAAAUCAUGUUACCGUAUUGGGAAAUUGCACUGAUGAAGUUCAAGGCCCGCAGGUUUGCUGACUGCACCAUCUUGUUACUGACGCAGCUGGAGGCUGGGCUUAGGAGAGUUUUUGCAACAGUUAACAAAUGUCCAGAUAGACUCUUGACUGCUGAGUCAACGACUCUUUACACCACCUUUGAUGAAAUACUGGCAAAAGACUUGACUGAUGGCCAGACCAACCUGCUGCCUCUUUUCCUUGGAGAGCCUGCUAUGGAAUUCCUCUGGGAUUUUCUGAACUGUCAGGAGGGUCCCCGUGUACGUGACCGGUUAAGCCACGGGGAGGUCAAUUUACCUGAGUUUCCCAAGGAAGCAGCAAGUCAGCUGCUCGCGUUUUCCGUUGUACUGCUACUGAGAUUUUCUGAUGCAGCGGUGCUCUCAGCUGCUAAGGAGGAUACAGCGGUGAGGCUGCUGCUCACUCUUGCUGAAGGCUACCAUUCUCGCUGCCAUCCAGUGAGCCGGCUUAAAAAGCAGGUGCUGAGCUGUGAGGAGAGCAUCAGGAUGUGGCCCCUGCGGCCUUUGCGGGAAGAGUCCUGUCAGGAUGCAGCCAGGCUGGAAGAUACUGAAACAAAUGGCUGCUACUCUCUAAUUACAGAAAUUGUGGAAGAGCUCUGUCACCACGUACCUGAGAAUCACCGUGUUCCUAGUGUCUGUGAUGACCCUCCUGCUGAGGAGUGGUCCCUGCUGCUUGGUGCACUCUGCAGCAUGCGUGUCUCCGUGCUGUUUUGCCCCAGAGCUGUGCUAGAAGUGCUGGUUGUGCUCCGCAGCAUUGCCUCCCACUGCCAGGCCGUGUCCAGCCAUGUGGUCACCUCCUUGCAGCUGAGGCACCAGCAGUGGGAGGAGCGGACACUGCGAUCCCGGCAGCGGCGGAACUACCUGAGCAUGCGGGCCAGCAUUAGGCUUCUGUCUCCUGUGCUUCACCUGAUUUUACUGCUCACUGCAUUAGAAUUGGUCAACAUUCAUUUUGUCCAUAGAAAAACUACUGACGAAUAUCAACAGUAUCUAAAGUUCUUUAAGUCAGUCUUGCAGUAUUCUGAGAACCUCGUAACCUAUACCAGACCAGAGAAGAAUAAAUGGAGAGAAACCAUCAGUCUUACACAUGCAGCUUUGAUGAAAAUUUGGACUUUUACUGAGAAGAAACAAAUGUUAAUACAUUUAUCCAAGAAAUCCACAAGAACCCGUGACUUACACGUGAUACCAGGUCUUCAGUGCACCACUUCAAGAACACACCGUGUGCAGUGCUCGUCUUCGGUUGCAGCCCUUCAGGGGCUGCAAAUGAUAGAACUGAGGUUCUCUUCCAUGGGAAAAGUGAACCAUCGGUCCAGAACAAGGACCCCGGGACGUCACCCUCACCUGGCUGGGUCCCAAGUCCCUGGAACUGGUUCCCUUUUCUGUGGCCGGUAAAGAGCCAAAAGAAGCACAAUAUGAACUUGACACUGAGGCUCCUCACGAUGCAGACCUGGUGCCAGAAGAUGGUUCUUCUGAAGGCAAAGAAAAACCCAAUUACCUUCAGAGGAAAGUUGACAACAGCAGGGCUCAGCAACAUGGAGUGAUGUGGGCUCCAGUGUCCCCUGGAUCCCAAGCUUGCCCAUGUUGCUCAUCUUCAGAAACUAGUCUCUCUGAGGCCGUCUUUGUUUUUUUUUUUUUUUUUUUUUUUUGCCAACCUAAAAGGAAGGUUUUCCUUAAUCAGAGAUGACGGAGAGAACACAUUGAAAAUGCACUGCUGUAUUAUACUUUGGCUGGACCUGGCCAAUCAUUCGAGUGUGUUGGGUGUUCAAAGUGCACAGCAAGUUAUUUUUGAGAGCCCUGUGACACCCAGGGGCAUCACUGUGAUCCCAGGGGACGGAUUUUAGGUCACACCUUUAUUCACACCACAGCUUCAGGCUCUGGAGAAUACCCAGACAGGUCAAUGAACCUCAACUGAUACUCAAUAGAUGGCCGCCAAGGCACAUCAAAUUAAAAAGUAGGAGUGAGUUCUCUGUACUCCAAUAGGUGAGAUCACAGUGAUAGAGGAGGGUUCACUCCUCACUCCCUUCCCGUUUUCUCGUGCUCUGUGGCCUGCCUCCAUCCACGAGUCUGUUCCCUCUCUCUUGGACAUGUGCGCCUGGUGCUUACAUGAACAGUGCUUAUCAACUCCAAGUUGCCCUCAGUUACUUCCUGUUUCCUCGUGAGGUUGUUGCUGAAGGUGAGAUCAUCUUGAUUUUCCUCUCUUUUGAACAGUUUCCUGAAGUUUGAGCCACUCUUUUGUAAUUUAAAUAAUACUCCAAACCACAGUGUAUGGGUUUUAUAUUUACAUUUCCCUUUCACACUCAAAUUCCUCCAGACUACUUACGGAGGGACUGAGUCACAUUUUGUAGGACAGCCUGUAGAUUUUUCUCAUCACAGAAUCUCAAUAAACAUCUUUAAAUUACUACUAAUAAUAAACAGGGGUAUUUUUAUGACCCCAAUGCUCACUUUCUCUUCCUUCCUCAGGUAAUUCAUUUUUACUUUUUCAAUGUAUUUAUAUCCACGGUGAUUUCUGAGCCUUCUUAGUAAAAUCUUGAGCCACUGAGGUGAAGUCACGAGGCAGAAUGCAGGGAAGAAGCACCAAAAUUUUGGGCUGUGGUGUUACUGAACCACUGCUAGGUAACCAUAUUCCUGUGUUCAGACUUAACUUCGGGCCAACACGGGAAGACCAGUUACCUAAGGGGACACUGAUCACGUUAUAUCAUAUCUGGGUUCACUGGAUGGUGCGGUGCCCACAGGUGUGUUCUACGUGGUCUGCAGAGGGUCCCUUGUGGAAGGAAAGGGCCUAGGGGUCCAUGUGCAAGCCCACAAAGGCCAUCUUGCAGCUUCACAGCUAGCCUGCCCCUUGGCUCUGAUGGUGAUUCCUGAGGAAGUGUCUGGCUCCCAACCUUACUCUCCUAAAAUUUUCAUUUGCAUUACUCCAGUGUUUUGAUUUGUUACUCAGGAGUCACUCAGAAAGAGGUUCCUGGGUUCCUUCUCAUUAGUCUUUCAGCAAACAAAGACCACCAGUCUCCCAGAUCCUCAUCUUCUGCCUGGAAAAUCUGGAGUUUCCGAGAUGGGCUGCCUGCCUGCAAUUGCACGGUUCGGGGAACAGAAAACUGCACCCCUCAAGCAAUUACUUCAACAGUUACGAAGUCACAGUAUUGGCCUCUGACUUUUUUUAAAAAAAAAUUUUAUUUAAGGAGAAAAAAAAAGCAGAGAAAGGGUACAAGUUAUACAGAUUUACAGAAAAAAAUAAACAGUAGGAAAUCACUAGUUAAUGGAUUACAUAUUGUCAUCUUAGAAAUAAUUGUUCAAGUCACAAAGUUAAAGCUUAUAAAGUAGACAUUCCAACAGUGAGACUGCAAACAGUUCUGUUCAAUGAUCCAAUAAAACUCAGUGAUAUCAUUUUCUACCUUAUACACUUAAACAUACAUGCAGUUAUAUUAUUUAGAGCACUUUCUUUUCCUCUCUUUUGUACAAUGACAAUUACACAUUUUGGGUUUUGUUACUCCCACAGUUCUUAUUACUUUUUUGGAAGGGAGUAGAACCAAAUGUGACAUAACAGAACAGAGUCAAUCAAAUCAAAAGGGUGGACAUAAUAGAUAAUGUAAAAGCAUAAUACAAGGUGAUCAAUAAUGGUUACCAUAAUGCCUCCCGCUAUCUCUAAUAGAAUUGCCUAUAUCAUCAGUUAUAAUAAAAUUGAAAAAACAGUAAAGAACAAAACCGACAAAACCAAAACAUUGGAGACAUUGUAGGUCUACUUUUGGCCUCUGACUUUUAAGGACUUUUUUCCAAAUACAAGGAAGUCUGCGUAUCAAGGGGGUUGGAUUCACAGUCCAGUGAAUUGCCUGAAUGCCCAGUAGAUUAUCAGUAAAAAUGGAAACAGAUCCUCUGUCCUAAGGCCCACUGGAUAGCUUCUCAGUUUAUGGACAGAGCUGACAUUAUUUCGUCCCAGGCUGAAUUUAGCAAAAUAAUAGCGAGACUGUGGCAGUAGUCUCUGAUGUCACCUUGCCUUACUGCAUUAGUGAUGCAGAUGGGUUGUGUGAUUGGAUGAAAGGAAUCAUAAACAUGGAGAUUUUUUUUUUUUACCAUGUUUGCUAUUUCAGGUGUUUACAUAAUGGAAAUACAGUACUCAGCAAGUAGAGUGAAACUAAGUCCCUGCUAACAUUAUGGAAAGUUUACACUUUUAAGACAGUUUUUAGUUGAGGAGAGAAAUCUUGUGGGCACAAAUUUCCGCAGGGAAUGUGAUAGCACACUCUCCUUCCUGGUUUUGGGUCCCUUUCCCAGAACAAGACUGUCACCCUGGAUUGCAGAUCAGCUGCAGCUAUGCAAGAAAGACCCACUGUUGCAGAGAGCAGGACCUGUGCACAGUGUGGCUUUCACUCCGGGCUGAGAUUCCCACCAGAAGAACUAACAGCCUUCCUCUUUAAAGAUGAUAUCAAUCCGGAUUAAAGCAACAUUUGCUAACGUGAAGCAUAACGUAAAAGCGGAGAAGACAAAGUUAUACAGUAUCCUGUGCUUGACGAUCUAAACUAGGGAGAGGCAACUGCAUGCAAGUUAGGAGGACAGAAAAGCCCAGAGGAUAUUAUGUAAAUAUGUAUAUGGAAUUUUUGAAGACAAAGUACAAAUAGAAAGUUUUAAUAUGCAAAUAAAAACCAUUUUAUAGGAAAUAUUUGCACUUGUAAUGGAAAGUCUCAGAUUUAGGGAUGCUAAUAGCCAAAAAGGCUCCAAUAAACUGAUUUACGCCUCACAAAA